AUGACUGGUGAUUCGACAUCAGGGACUUGGAAAACUGUUAUGAUAGCAAGUGGCUUUGAGAUUUCCUCUCUUCGUCAAGUUGGUUGUACUCGUCAUCCCAUAGUCUCGCACGUUUUCGAGUUGCAGUUGGUCAGGAAUCUUUUAUACUGGCUUAUCAAAAAAUAUUUAACUGGAGCGAGAAUCGGCCGUUUCCAAAUUCCUGAAGCCACAUUCCCGCGAACGCUUUUAAGGGACUGCGUGGCCGUAUGCAGGUUUAUCGCAACAUCGGCCCUUAAAAAGAUAUAG